AUGAUCUUAAUGGGUCAAGUUAGUGAGCCGAUGAUCUUAAUGGGCCAAGUUAGUGAGCCGAAGAUCUUAAUGGGUCAAGUUAGUGAGCCGAGGAUCCCAUUAAGUGAGGUUAUUGAGCCGAGAAUCCUAUUGAGUCAAGUUAGUGAGCCGAAAGUCUCACGGAGUCAAGUUAGUGAGCCGAGGAUCCUAGUGAGUCAAGCUAGUCAGCCGAAGAUCUUAGUGAGUCAAUAUAGCGAGCUGAGGAUCUUCCAGAGUCAAGUUAGUGAGUCGAUGAUCUUCCCGAGUCAAGUUAGUGAGCUGAGGAUCUUUCUGAGUCAUGUUAGUGAGCUGAGGAUCUUCUCGAGUCAUGUUAGUGAGCCGAGGAUCUUCCUGGGUCAUGUUAGUGAGCUGAGAUCUUCUCAGAGUCAAGUUAGUGAGCUGAGAUCUCGGGCAUGUCCUAGUGAGCCGAGGAUCUUCCUGGGUCAUGUUAGUGAGCCGAGGAUCCUUCCUGGGUCAUGUUGGUGA